AUUAUUUAAAUUUAAUAAUGAUAUAUUUGAACAAAAAAUUGUAUUUGACUAAUUAUACAAUGAUCUUACCAUCUGUGGCCGUUGGCAAUGUUGCUCAAUUAAGUAUAGAUUUACUUAUUUCGACUUUAAGCUUACGAAAAAUCGGUUGCAUUUUUGAUACCUGUUUUAUACCACUUGUUGGUGCUGAUCCUUAUAAUAAAACUAACCAAGAAAUUUGUACAUCCGUCGAUUUGUACUUAUCUGAUGAAAAGAAACUUGUAGUUUUACAAAUAAGAACACCUCUUGUUAAAAAGGCUAAAAAGUUCUUUUAUGAAAUAUUAAAUUUUGUAAAAGAUUAUAAAAUAUUAAAGGUGAUCAUAUUAACAAGUUGUUUUGGACAUGAUAAACGAGAUGAACAAAUAAGAACAGUUCCAUUUUGUUAUUUGACUACUAAAAAUAUAAGUAAAGAAUUUAAACAACAAUUUGAAGAAUUAUCUUGGAAAGGUUUAGAAUCAUCAUUUUUGGAAGACAGUAAUAAAACUAUAUGGCAAAUACACGGAGGAGGAUUUGCACAGAUGAUAUUUGAAUUAUUGCAGGAAAAUAAUAUUAUUUCUGUCGUUUUAUUUAAAUUUUGUUCUGAAGGAAAUAAUAUUCCUGAUGCUGUUGAAUUAAUAAAUUGUCUUAAUUGUUGGCUUCAAUUAUUUAAAAUAGAUUCUAAAUUUAAGUUUCCACCAUCAUGGAAUUUUGUGUUUGGAAAAUCGACUCCAAAAGAAAUAUAUUAAUUUAUUAACAAGAAAAAAGCUUUUGCAAUAUAUCUUUAUA